AUGCUGGGACUGGGAGGAGAGAAACAGAUGGCCGCACAGAUAUGGAGGGCGAUGGAGGACGGUUACGGGAAGAGUACAAUUGCUGGGCGACUAGUCGCAGAGAACGCAUGGAACGCAUGCAAGCUCGAGAAGUACCUCAACAACAAAGACCCUGUCAAGGCAUAUGUCAAUGCCAAGUUCUUGGCCUGGUGUGACUUCACAUCCCAGGGUGCGGUUAACAAUGAACGGACCUAUAUUGCAGGUCUAGUUGCCGGACUAUCAAGUGAAUUCAUCCCUAUAAUCCCGAUGAUCAUCAAUGCAGCGACACCUAUCGAGGCUCACCAGAUCACCAAAAGCUUCAAGAGUGUCGUUAAUAUUGUUGGAGGCGUUACCCCGUCGUCCACUGUGAUGGCCACCAAUGCAGCGGCGGUCCCCGUUACGUGCAGCAACUGCAAGAAGCGCGGCCACACAAUCGAGAAAUGCUGGUCAAAGGGCGGUGGUCGCAAGGGGCAAGCCCCAGCCUGGUUUGGUCGUCGUGGCGGCAAUCAAAAUGGCGAUGGGGGCAGCGGCGGGAACCAGGAUGUUACAACGUCGAUGAAUGUGAUUGCGCUGCAUGCGGUGGCCAGCCUUGCCACUUGCGACACGACACUAGACAACGCAGGCUUCCCUGAAGCACCGGACUUGAUUGAUGGGGUGGACAUGGGAAACCGACCGGAGAUCUUUGUAGCCACUGCGAACCCGAUGGUGUAUUCGGUUGUGGGUCAGGUAGUCCCCACAUACCUGGAUUCCGGAACUUCCGAUCACUGCUUCACCAAUAGAUCCGAUUUCUCUUCUUAUGUGCCGCAGUCGCGAACUGGUCAAGCUGCGCCAGUUGGAGAGGCAGGAACAUUCAAGAUCCUUGGAAAAGGGACCGUCAUAAAAGAAUUCAUGGUGAAUGGUGGAAACAAGUUGGGUGUUCAGGUCUUAGACGGCGUUAUGGUCGGAUACCUCGGAGGUGACUCAGGUUACCGGAUCUUGACCAAUGGGGGAAAAGUGGUUGCGGCUGGGGACGUAAUAUUUGAGCAUGGUAACCCGCACCGCACACUGGCCAAUGUCGAUGCCCCCACUGACAACGACCUUGCCCCACCUCCUACCGCUAUCUCACCAUCUACUGCACCGACUGCCAAGACGUCAGCUAGCUCAUCUGUAUUGCCCGCGGAUCAGAUCGCCACUACCCCACCGCUUGUAUCGCUUCCAGAGGCGGGCCCAGACGCCAUGCCGCCUCUACCUACCAUAAUAGCUGAGCCUGCUCUGCCGCCACACCGCUCUGGUCGUUCCGCUCAUGCGUCCCAUCGUGCAAUCAAAUCACGGGAAUCAGAAGCCCGUGUGGCUGCUGAUGCUCAAGCGGGGAGGGACUACGCGCUGGAGGAGGCACAGCCCAGGUGCAGGAAAGUGCAGGGGUAG